AUGCUUGAUGAUGGAAGCAGCGUGUCUUUCAUAAGCACGGAACUCGCGGAGCGCGCGGGGCUGCGCGGGCGCCGUCAGUGUUUAAAUGUGCGCGGCGCUUGGGUCAAUUCAGAACUGAAGUGCGAAACACAGCUGAUCGAUUGCUCGAUAUCUAAUAGUGCCGGGACAAUGUUCAACUUAACCGCGCGUAGUACAAACAAUCUGGACUUACCUGUACAAAACAUAGGACUUGUUAAGUGCGGUAACUACAAGUACCUAGACCGUAUAAAAAACUACUUGUGUGCUCAAAAUCAGAAACCUGAAAUUCUUAUUGGACAAGACAACUACCACUUGCAUGUACCACUAGAGGUCGUGGAGGGCGGCCAAAAUGAACCCUAUGCGACUCGUACCCCGCUGGGCUGGUGCGUGCACGGUCCGUGUCAACGUGCAACUGUAAUGAAACAAAGGGAAAUACAUACUUCAUUACAUCUUAGUCAUAACUAUGAGCAAGAUAUUGCAACUGAAAAUAAUCAAAUUCUACGUGAACUGCAAGAAGACAUACGUCGAUCUUUCUCCAUCGAUUCAAUGGGCAUAUCUGCUAACCCUCGGCAGAACUCGGAGGACGUACUGGCCCAGGAGCACCUGGAACAAACCUCUGAACUUAUCGAUGGCCAAUGGCAAGUCGGCUUACCUUGGAAGGAUCCUCACUGUGUCACCGUCGACUCGUAUCCAAAUGCAUUAUCACGACUGAAAGGAGUUGAGCUAAAAAUGAAAAGGAGUGAAGAGUAUGCACGAAGGUAUAAAGAACGCAUACAACAUUUGUUGGACAAUAAAUACGCUGAGAAACUAAAGAAUCCAGUCACAUCUACUAGAACUUGGUACUUACCUACUCAUGGCGUGGAUAAUCCAAAUAAGAAGAGCCUCCGUCUGGUUUUUGAUGGGUCAGCUAAAACAAAAGGGUUUAGUCUAAAUAGCUACCUACAUAAAGGUCCCGACCUACUAGUACCGUUAAUAGGAAUCAUGUGGCGAUUCCGCGAAAACAAGGUCGCGAUCUCUGGCGAUAUCAAGGAUAUGUUUCUCAGAGUUAAAAUAAAACCCGAAGAUCAGCAAGCCCUACGCUUUCUAUACCGAGAUAAGCCCGAAGAUCCUAUAGAUACCUACCUGAUGACGUCACUCAUAUUCGGAGCCAAUUGUGCGCCGUUCAUAGCACAAUUCAUCAAAAAUAAAAAUGUGCGACGCUUCGAAUCUACAUAUCCGGAGGCGGCUAAUGCUAUAUACACGCAACACUACGUCGACGACUACAUCGACAGCUUACCUGAUGAAGAAACUGCAAUGAAGCUAGUCCGUGACGUCACCUAUAUACAUGCGCAAGGCGAUUUUCAUAUACGCAAUUGGAAUAGCAACAGUCAAACCGUCAUCAACAGCAUUCCAAAAGAGACUCUCGGUAACAGUGCAGUAACGUUCAAAGUCGGACAACAGUAUGAGGGCGAGCGAACACUUGGAUUGUUGUGGAAUCCCACUGAAGAUACGCUCGGGUUCGAUGUAUCACUGAAAAAGUUAUCUGAAAAUAUAAUCCACGGGAAAGAAAGGCCUACGAAAAGAGACAUUUUACGAGUAGUAAUGUCGAUUUUUGACGUGUAUGGAUUUUUAGCGCCUUUCACCAUAAAUGGAAGAUUAAUUGUUCAAUUAACGUGGCAUUUAGGCGUUACUUGGGAUGAACAAGUACCUGACGUCGUCUACGAAAAAUGGCUAAAAUGGAAAAAUCAAUUAGAAUUGAUGCGCAAGAUACGUCUACCUAGAUAUUAUCAUCAUGCCGCUACAAGUGCGAACGAGAGAGUCACAGAGUCUCCAAGUGCGAGCGAGAUGGUAACAGCGUCUACAAGUGAGAGCGAGACAUCCACAGAUACCGCGAGAGCGAGCGGGACGCGGUUAGUACCUGUUAUCAGUGCAGCGGGCGGCGAUGCGCCUGCACAAAAACAAGAUUUAAUAACUAUGAAUAGUUAUAAAGAUCUACAACUUCAUUUAUUUUGCGACUCGUCAAUGAAAGUUAUGUGCGCAGUAGCAUACUGGCGCUGGCAAGAAAACAACACAGUUCGCACGGCAUUUAUAGUCAGUAAAUGUCGUAUUGCAGGCCUGAAGAAAUCGACUGUGCCUCGUUUAGAAUUGAAUUCGGCAGUUAUGGCAGCUCGAUUAGCCGAAACAAUAAUUAAGGAACACAGAAUAAAACCAGAUCGUCGUAUAUUUUGGUGUGACGCCACAGUGGUUCUGUACUGGAUACGAAACAACGCGCGUACAUACAAACCUUACAUUGCGAACCGGCUUGGUGAAAUAGAUGAUUUAUCACACGCGAGCGAGUGGAGAUAUGUACCUACGCAUCUGAAUGUCGCCGAUAUACCUACCAGAGAAUCAUACGACCGUUGUGUGUUGCCUACCGAGUGGAUCCAGGGACCUGCAUUUUUACAAAAAAGUGAGAACGAGUGGCCGCAAAACAUUUUGAAUGCCGACGUAAACAAUGACGAGUUAGAAUGUGUUAUGACGAUGACGUCGUGCAAUAAGGAAAACAUACCUAUACCUGAGCCUACAAGGUUUUCAUCGUGGUUACGAUUACUCAGGGCUACUUUUAUAAUGCUAAAGUUUAUAAACAAAUGUAAACAUAUGAAUGAAGAGGACGGCGCUGUAAUGGAGAAGGCUGAAAGGUUACUUAUAAAAUAUUCUCAAGCGCAGACGUUCUCCGAAGAAAUCCUGAAACUGAAAAAUAGAUUAUACUUACCUAAAACAAGUAGAUUACUUACCUUAUCGCCGUACCUCGACGAACACGAAGUCCUACGCCUCGGGGGCCGCAUAGACGCCGCUGCUGAAGUCGGACCUGAAAUAAAACGACCUUCGAUCUUGGACGGACGAGACUACAUAGCGAGGCUGCUAGUGAAGCAUCACCACGUUCUCGCAGCCCACGGGAACCAGGAAACUGUUGUUAAUAACCUGAAACAAAGGCAUUGGAUAUUAAGAUUACGACCGACAGUUAAAAAUGUUACAAAAAAAUGUAUGCUAUGUAGAAUAAGGAAAUGUAAACAAGAAAUCCCACGAAUGGGAGACUUACCGCCUGCCCGCGUUGCUCAUCAUCAGCGCGCCUUUACCUACACUGGCGUUGACCUCUUCGGGCCUUUAGAAGUUACUGUGGGAAGAGGUAGACAAAAGAGGUACGGAGUUUUGUUUACAUGUUUAACUGUGAGGGCAGUGCACAUCGAAUUAGUGAACUCACUUACCUCAGAUUCAUUUAUAAUGGCUCUCAGACGAAUGGGAGCACGACGCGGCUGGCCGCAGUACCUAUACUCUGAUAAUGGUACCAAUCUUCGAGGAGCUGAUGCAGAACUACGAAAGUCAAUUCAGGAGUUGGACCAGGAGUACCUUAAGCGUGAGUCAUUGAACUAUGGGACUAAAUGGAUAUUUAUCCCACCCGGAAGUCCACAUUGGGGUGGAGCGUGGGAAAGGCAGAUCAGAACUGUUAAAGAAUGCAUGAAGAUCGUGCUGAAAGAGAGAGCUCCUCGAGAAGAGACCCUGUGUACAUUUUUGGCAGAGGUCGAAAGCAUAGUAAACAGCCGGCCACUAACGCACGUCUCCGUAGAACCUGGAAGCACAGAAACUUUAACGCCUAACCAUUUUCUGCUUGGAUCUUCUUCUGUCUUACCCCACCUUGGCGCUUACAAUGACUCUGAAUAUUUCCUGAAAAAGCAGUGGAGAAUCGCCCAACGGCUGGCCGACUUAUACUGGAGAAGAUGGGUGAAAGAAAUUCUCCCGGACUUGCUACCACGUAAAAAAUGGACACAAGAAGUGAGGCCCUUACAAGUGGGAGACCUCGUCCUAAUUGUAGACCCAGAUGGACCUCGCUGCGCCUGGCCAAAAGGAUUAGUAGAACAGCUGUUGCCAGGCAAAGACGGCCGAGUAAGAGCCGUUAGGAUUAAAACCAAGAGUGGUGGACUUACCCGAUCGGCUGCACGCGUAGCCCGUAUACCAAUAGAUGGUGAGUGCUGCUAA